AGAACCGGCUCAGUCAGUCUAACGACAGUUAGUCGCUCAGACAAAUCCGCGUCGAGUAAUCACAGGUCACAGUUUUUUGGAAUGACAUAGAAGUAUGUUAUAUACUAUAAGACAAAAGUGAAAUGUGCCGUAACUUCUGACACAAAACUUUCACUUCGCUGUAAUUGAGACAGCAGAGAACAGCAAACUUCUAGCGAAUGCUUCACUUCAAUUUACGACAAACCACUUAGCUCACGCUUGAAGAACUCUGAUAUCAAAUCCCUCUCGGUCGUGGUUCCACGGUUUAUUGUCGUACGCCUUAAUUAACAAGGGAGUGACUCAACAAUUCCUUCAAUGGACCCAUUAGUGAGAGUAGCGUUACGAGGUAUCAAAGGAACGGCAAGAACGCUGCUGCGCUCACAGCGUAUUCAAUGUUCCAGGACAAUCACAUCUCAACAGGUGUUCGAUCGCGAAUCCAAAUAUGGCGCUCACAAUUAUCAUCCCCUUCCUGUGGCCCUGUGCAAGGGCGAGGGUGUUUUUAUGUGGGACGUCGAGGGUAAACGAUACUUCGACUUCCUGAGCGCUUAUUCGGCUGUGAAUCAAGGUCACUGUCAUCCGAGAAUCUACAAAGCGAUGGUCGAACAGGCGAAGACUCUGACUCUGACGUCCAGGGCGUUUUAUUCCGACGUUCUGGGUGAAUUUGAAGAAUAUAUUACAAAACUUUUUGGAUACGACAAAUGGUUGCCGAUGAACACGGGAGUGGAAGGCGGCGAGACGGCGUGUAAAUUGGCGCGCAAAUGGGGUUACACGUCCAAAGGCAUAUUGCAGUAUCAGGCCAAAAUAGUGUUCGCGGAGGGUAAUUUCUGGGGCAGAACAAUGAGCGCCGUUUCCUCGAGCACCGAUCCGUCCAGCUAUAGCGGUUUCGGGCCGUUUAUGCCCGGUUUCGAGAUCGUUCCCUACGACGAUCUCGGAGCGCUGGAAAACGCUAUCGCGGACCCGAACGUUUGCGCUUUCAUGGUAGAACCUAUUCAGGGCGAAGCCGGCGUCGUGGUUCCCAAGGACGGAUACCUGAAGGGAGUCCGAGAACUCUGCACGAGGUACAAUGUUCUAUGGAUCGCGGACGAGGUGCAGACCGGUCUGGCGAGGACGGGAAAACGAAUCGCCGUCGAUCACGAGAAUGUGAAACCGGACAUUCUGAUCCUGGGCAAAGCACUCUCCGGAGGAUUCUAUCCCGUUUCUGGUGUGCUGGCGAACGAUCCCGUGAUGCUCACAAUCAAACCCGGCGAGCACGGAUCGACUUACGGCGGUAAUCCGCUGGGAUGCAGAAUCGCCCUUGAAGCGCUCCGCGUUCUGGAGGAAGAGAAGCUCGCCGAGAACGCGGAAAAGCUCGGUCACGUGCUCAGGAAGGAGCUGAACAAACUGCCGAAGGAGGUGGUGACCUUGGUGCGCGGAAAGGGUCUCCUGAACGCCGUAGUCGUCAAUAAGAAGCUCGACGCCAUGGACAUCUGCGUGAAGCUGAAGGAGAACGGUCUCCUGGCGAAACCCACGCAUGGUCACAUCAUCCGUCUGGCGCCGCCGUUGAUCAUCACGGAGGAACAGAUACACGAGUGCGCGAAUAUCAUUUCCAAGACCAUUCUCAUGUAUCAGUAACAAAAUGUUCUUGAUUAUCAUUGCUUUUGAAUUCUAUUUUUAUUAUGAACUGUUUAUACUCAAGGUUGGGUAGUGUCUAGUUAAAAAGAUAAAAGUUAAGUUAAAAAGUUAAAAAGUUAAAUAAUUUUAACUUUAUCUAGUUACAU